AUGUCACAGAUCGGGAAUUAUUACCUGUUCACACUUCCAAGUGGAACAAACACGGCAGACGCGUUUAAUUUUGACCGAUUGCAGUCGAAGUCCGAAGGGAUGGCCGAGUGCUAUAAAAGUGUCAUUCCACCACAACUGAAAUUUGAGACGCUGGACACUUUAAUGACUCUUUCGGACGACUUGGUCAGAAUGGAUGUCUCUGUAGGGACUACAGUGAGACGGAUGUGCGCAUGUUGGCAAGAGACUAAUAAAGAAGUCACAUUCACAGACAAAUGGAACGAGACUGAUUUGACUCAAUUCAGAUGGGACGAGACUAAAUACCCAUAUACGGAGUCAGCUAAAGUCCUUACACAACGUAUAUAUAAAGACAUCCAACAGAUCGAAACUAAACUUCGAAUGUUCAUGUCGAAAUAUCAAACGACGAUUCGUGAGUUAGCCAUCGAAAACAAAAAAGAGUCCGGGACCUUAUUAACAAGAAGACUUGAUUCAUGUGUUCCCGAUGAUGUUAUUGUCGACUCCAAAUAUUUGGUUUCGGUGUUUGUAGUAGUCGCGAAAGCACUUAAAAAGGAGUUUCUGAAGAAUUACGAGUUGAUGAAUGAGUUUGUUGUCUGUGACUCUGCGGUGUUGGUUGUAUCUGACGACGACUUCGAUUUAUUUAGAGUCGUCAUCUUCAAAGACUUUUUGAACGACUUCAAAAGUGAAUGCAGAGAAAAGCACUACACUGUGAGAGAAUUCAAGAGAGAGACUACAAGCGAAGCUGACUCGAAAGCAAGUCUUGAAGAGAGUAUCAACAACCAGAAGAGCAAAUUAAUUAUGUACUGCGAGACCAACUUUAAACAUGUGUUACAUGCUUGGUUCCACUUGAAAAUACUUCGUCUGUUUACUGACUCUGUUUUACAUUAUGGCCUACCUACUAAAUAUGACUUAAUUGUGAUGAGAAUGAAGAAGAGAGAGGGCAAAAAACUGUUCAAGAAUUUGGUCGGCAAAAGACCAUCACUGGGAUUCGAGUUGAACUACCUCCCAACGCGUGACGACUUGGGCUAUGAACAAGAAGGUGUCGAACAAACGUUCCCAUUCGUUUUCACUCUUGUCGACGUCGGGUACUUAUUCAACCCGUCUACACUCGCCACUCGAUAA